UUCAACAACAGUCGCCACUUCGGUAGCUUGCUAGCAAAAAUAGGAAAACUCUUUAGACCGUUUUAUUGUAUAUUCGUCAAUGUGUUUUGAACACACUUCGUUUGUUUUUAUUGGCUAGCGGUUUUUUAUUUAAAUACUUCAUUUCUUUUGCUAGGGUACUGAAACAUACAUUGUUGUUUACAGUUAGCUAGUUUAAGUUAGCAAUAGCCUAGCUAGCUAAAAUCCCGACGAUGAGUUCACUAAACUACUCUUCCCCUACUAAAGAAGAGGUUUGCUGGACGCUGAAAGACGGUGUCUGGCUGAACAUUGUCGUGAAAGAGGAAAAUGAGGAGGAGGAUGUGACAGUUGAAAAAGUGAAAGCUGAGGCUGUUACAGUGAAAGAAGAAGAGAAUGACGUUCCUGUGAAUGAAAUGAAGCAGGUGGAAAAUAUGACUGAGAAGAAAGUGAAAGGUGCAGUUUUGAGAGUGAAGACGGGGAAGAUUACUGUCACAUUAGAGGAGGAGGAGGACGUGGCUGGAGGUCGCAUUAGCACCAGAGAGAGAAGGGAUUAUCCUGGAUCAACUGGGGACCCUCAACAACACCAAGGUCCUGACAAGGACAACAGUAUCCUACCCCUCCCAUACUUCCCUGAGUCCCUGGGUCGUGUCUCUGUCAGUAGGACUUUACUGUUGGGUCUGAAGAGGGUGUCAGUGAGGCUGGUGGACUGCAGGAAACCUCUGGGACUGAACGAUAACACAAGAGGAGGAGGAGAUUUGACACAUCAGAGACAGAGGCAUAAAUAUCGUGGGAAGCCUCAAAAACAUUAUGAUGAGAAAGCAGAGAAGAGUCACUCCAGAUCAGAAAACCUCAAGAAACACCAGCAGAAACCUACUGGGAAGGGAUCUCAUCACCACUCUGACAGUGGGAAAAGCUUUAUCAACUCAAGUGAACAAAUAAUAAACAGAGCACCUACAGGGGAGAAGUCUCAUGGCUGUGAUCAGUGUGGGAAAAGAUUCACUCGGUCAACAAACCUGAAUCUACACAAGAGGGUGCAUAGUGGAGAGAAGCCAUACCACUGUUCCAACUGUGUCAAAACUUUUGCUCGAUUGAACAAACUAAAAAUACACGAAAGAACACACACAGGAGAGAAGCCUUAUCACUGCUUCAUUUGUGGAACAAACUUUAAUACUUCAAGCAGCCUCACAUCACACAAGAGAACCCACACAGGAGAGAAACCUUAUCGUUGUGAUCAGUGUAAGAGGAGAUUUGGUUUCUUAGGCAAUCUGAUAAGUCACAAGCGUACCCACACUGGAGAGAAACCUUUCUGCUGUUCAGACUGUGGGAAGGGUUUUACUACCUCAACCAACCUGGCAUCACACCAGAGAACCCACACUGGAGAGAAACCUUAUGGUUGUGAUCGGUGUAAGCGGAGAUUUGCCUUCUUAGGCAACCUGACUAGUCACAAGCGUACCCACACUGGAGAGAAACCUUACUUCUGUUCAAAGUGUGGGAAGUGUUUUGCUACCUCAAGCAACCUGGCAUCACAUCAGAGAACCCACGAAGGGUAGAUCUUAUUGCUGAAAUCAACACGACAAGGGUCUGAGAAUAUUUGUCAGUUUGCACACCAGGAUGCAAUUAUCAAUAUUGCAUAAAUUAGGCUAAUUGCUUUAUUAAUUAGUUUUUUUGAUUGAACAAUUUCAAUAAAGGUUAGAUUACUUUCUUAUUUUCAGUGUAAAUCAAGCUAAAGAAAAACUUUUCCAUUUGUUUUAGAGAAAAGAAAACAAGGAUGAAGGAAGUUAGUUUGAUCUGUUGCUGAAGGUCUGGUAUUUCUUAUUUCUAUAAUCACAACCCCCAUUCAUACACUAUGUUAUACUGUUUUUUUAUUUUCUUAGAUUAGAGGUGUGAUUUCAGUCUUACAUAUUUUAGCAAGUGUAAAAAUAUAAAAAUGUUUUAAUAAAUUUAGUAGUAAUGAA